UUCACAUAACUAAAUCUCAUUGAAAGAUGGAGUUUCCAUUCUCCCAAUUCUGUAUAUUUCUUAGCUUUCUACUCUUUCUAGUCAUAGCUUUUAAGCUUAUGAGAGAAUCCAAGAGAGGAAAAGGGCCUAAUUUACCCCCCGGACCUCGAAAACUUCCUCUAAUUGGGAACUUGCACCAGUUAAUGGGAUCACUCCCUCAUCAUACUUUGAGAGAUAUGGCUAAAGAAUACGGACCGAUUAUGCAUCUAAGAUUUGGUGAAGUUCCUACUGUUAUUAUAUCAUCAGCUGAAGCAGCAAAAGAAGUUAUGAAAACACAUGAUCUUGUUUUUGCAGAUAGACCGAAAAUUCUUGUUGCAGAUGUAAUUGGAUACAAUAGCUCUCAGAUUACAUUCUCUCCUUAUGGUGAUCAUUGGAGACAACUUAGAAAAAUAUGUGUUGCAGAGCUACUUAAUGUCAAACGCGUACAGUCAUUUGAGUCGAUAAGACAAGAGGAAGUGGAGGAUCUCAUCAAAACGAUUUCCUCGAAUCCUGCUGGUAUUACUGUCAAUCUCAGCCAGAUGAUAUUUACUUUGACGAACAACAUAAUUGCCAGAGCAGCAUUCGGUAGGAAACUAGAGAGUCAAGAUGAAUUUAUCGCUAUCUUGAGGAAAAUAGUUGAUCUGGCAGGUGGAUUCGACUUGCCAGACACAUUCCCUUCACUCAAAUUUCUUCAUCCUCUAACUGGUGCAAAGGCUGCAAUGGAGAAAAUACAUCACCAAAUCGACAAGAUAUUAGAAAGCGUUCUCCAAGAGCAUAAAGCUGCAAGGAGAACAAUCGAUCGUAAGGACAAGAUGCACAAAGAAGAUCUUGUAGAUGUACUAUUGAGAGUUCAAGAAAGUGGUGAUCUUGAAGUUCCUAUUACAACUGACACAAUCAAAGCUGUCAUUCUGGAAACAUUUAUUGCGGGGACUGACACAUCAUCGACAGCCUUAGAGUGGGCAAUGGCAGAACUGAUGAAGAAUCCACAGGUAAUGGAGAAGGCGCAGGCCGAAGUGAGACAAGCAUUCAAAGGAAAAAGUAUGAUCACAGAAUCUGAGGUGCAGAAACUGGACUACUUGAGAUUGGUUAUCAAAGAAACACUGAGAUUGCACGCGCCCGUGCCUUUGUUAGUACCAAGAGUAGCUAGACAAAGAUGUGAACUUGGUGGAUAUGAGAUACAGGCCAAUACAAGGUUAAUGGUUAAUGCAUGGGCAAUAUGUAGGGAUCCCAAGUACUGGGAAAAUGCUGAAUGUUUUGAACCAGAAAGACACCGGAAUUCGACACUUGAUUUCAAAGGGAAUAACUUUGAGUUCAUACCAUUUGGUGCUGGCAGGAGGGCAUGUCCUGGAAUUUUGUUUGGAAUUUCAAAUCUUGAACUUCCACUUACUCAGCUUCUGUUCCAUUUUGACUGGAAACUCCCAAAUGGUAUUGAACCAAACAAUCUUGACAUGACAGAGGCUUUUGGUGAAACAGUAAGGAAGAAAACCAACUUGCAUGUAAUUGGAACUCCUUAUAUGUCCAAACGCUGAGGUUUAUGGCCUCAAUUCGGAGAAAGGGAACACGAAUGAUUAUUAGAACGUAAAAAAAAGAAUUUGAGUCGUUUUCUAGGAAAUGAAGGAAUCGCUAUAACAAUUGUGACAUGUAUUAUAUUC